GUUAAACCAAAAUUUAUGGACUAGAAGCACUCAGCCUUAUCUCCAAGGGAGCACCUGGUGAAAAAGAAGAGUGGGAGAAUGAAGCUUAACCUGAAGUUGGUGUUGGUUUGGCUCUUUAUCCUCCUUGGCCAUGGAGUGUCUUCGGCGAUUGACUCAACUCCUCCUCCUCCAACUCCGGCGCCAUGGCCGGAGCAGUUUCACGCAGUGCUGUACAUGAACCUCAGCACGGGGCACCUCCAGCUGAGCGACCUCUGGUACGACUGGCCCAAGGGACGCAACGUCAACAUCUUCCUCAAGCAGCUCACAGGGAACCUCUUGUACGACAUCGAGUGGAACAACGGCACCUCCUUCUACUUCACCCACGCCCACUGCCAAAUCACCGACUUCCAAGUCGGCAUUCCCCGCCCCGAUUUCCUCGACGGCGCCGUUUACCUCGGAACGCGCGUCGUCGAUGGCGGCUUCCUCUGCAACCUCUGGGAGAAAGAAGCCUUCAUUUGGUACUACGAAGACGUCGUCACCAAAAUCCCCGUUCGCUGGGAUUUCUAUGAUGGAAUACGAACGCACGUGAUGUCGUUUGAGGUUGGUGAGGUUUUGCCCGAUUCCGUGACUCAGGCGCCUGCCUAUUGUUUCACCGACGGCGAGUCUCUCGACAGAGAAAAAUUCACGAUGCUGGAGAACCCUCUCCCCCAUAAAAUGUUGCCAACUAAAGAAGCGUGGUGAUGAUGUUAAUUGUGAGUGUAAACUAUGAUCCAACCGUAGUGCUAUAGUGGGAAUAAGGAUGUUACUUGGCACAACAUUAGCUGAUAGUUGCUCUAUUGUGCUUGGUAUUAAUUGGUUCUAUACAUUAGAGGAAACUCAUCUUGCUAUUUCAAACUUGAAUUUCUGGAAUUAUUCCACUGCUACAAGUGUUGCCAAUGGCAUCAAAGAUCCCAAAUUAGCAAGAAUAAUCCUUUUCUGGCCCUUUGAUGCGUUUCCCAGACAUUGAGACAGUGUGAAUUUGGAAUCAAAUAAAAGGGGAUUUCCUACGGUGCAAGUUUGUUUUA